GCCAUAGAUGUGGGCGAAACGUCAGGAGAGAAUGCUUCUGGAACAUGGCCACACAGCCCGAAAGACACACAACAACCCUGUGAUCCUGGCCAUGAAAGCCUUCGACAACACAUUGUGGCAGAAUGCCUAGUAAUCUAUUGCAAAACUCUAGGGUUCAAGGGAAUCUGGGUAAAAGAAACCCAGUUUGUUUAUCUAGGGCGAUGCGUCUCAACCUGUGGCUGGGGUUUCUGGGAGUAGUAGGCCAAAACACCUGGGGACCCACAGGUUGAGACCCCUAGGACCCCUUCCGCACAGCUGAAUAAAAACCCACAUUUUCUGCUUUGAACUGGAAUACAUGGCAGUGUGGACUCGGAUAGCUCAGUUCAAAGCAGAUACUGUGGGAUUUUCUGCCUUGCUAUUCUGGAUUAUGUGGCUAUGUGGAAGGGCCCUAAGUUCCCUUCAACCCAAGUUUAGCAAAAGUGUUUGCAAAUACCAGAUUUUGUUCAUUUUCAUGGUUUCCUCCUUUCUGUGGAAAUUGUCCACAUGCUUGUGGAUUUCAAUGGCUUCUCUGUUGUCUGACAUGGUGGUUGUCAGGAUGGUCCGGAUUUCUACGUUCUCAAAUAAUAUAACAACACAUAAAUGCUGGAUCACUCUAACAACCACGUCAGGCUACACAGGGAAGCCAUUGAAAUCCAUAAGCAUGUGGACAAUUUCAACAGAAAGGAGGAAACCAUGAAAAUGAACAAAAUCUGGUCACCAGUACAGUAGUCUCUCACUUAUCCAAGCCAUUUUUGUAGCCAAUGUUUUCAAUAUACAGUAGAGUCUCACUUAUCCAACACUCUCUUAUCCAACGUUCUGGAUUAUCCAAUGCAUUUUUGUAGUCAAUGUUUUCAAUAUAUCAUGAUAUUUUGGUGCUAAAUUCGUAAAUACAGUAAUUACUACAUAGCAUUACUGUGUAUUAAACUACUUUUUCUGUCAAAUUUGUUGUAUAACAUGAUGUUUGGGUGCUUAAUUUGUAAAAUCAUAACCUAAUUUAAUGUUUAAUAGGCUUUCCCUUAAUCUCUCCUUAUUAUCCAACAUAUUCGCUUAUCCAACAUUCUGUCGGCCCGUUUACGUUGGAUAAGCGAGACUCUACUGUAUCGUGAUAUUUUGGUGCUAAAUUCGUAAAUAUAGUAAUUACUACAUAACAUUACUGCGUAUUAAACUACUUUUUCUGUCAAAUUUGUUGUAUAACAUGAUGUUUUGGUGCUUAAUUUGUAAAAUCAUAACCUAAUUUGAUGUUUAAUAGGCUUUUCCUUAAUCCCUCCUUAUUAUCCAAGAUAUUCGCUUAUCCAAGCUUCUGCCGGCCCGUUUAUGUUGGAUAAGUGAGACUCUACUGUACCAGAUUUUGUUCAUUUUCAUGGUUUCCUCCUUUCUGUUGAAAUUGUCCACAUGCUUGUGUAUUUGAAUGGCUUCUCUGUGGAAUCUGACAUAGUGGUUGUUAAGAAAACUCCAGCAAUUCUGUGUUCUCAAACAAUAUAAUAAAACUCAGAAAUGCUGGACCACUCUGACAGAGAAACCAUUGAAAUCCACAAGCAUGUGAACAGUUUCAACAGAAAAAAGGAAACCAUGAAAAUGAACAAAAUCUGGUCACCAGUGUUUAAAAAACCCUCUAAAAUCUGGACAGUAAAUAAAGAACUGCAUUCAAAAACGGGAGAAUUCCUGACAGGAAAAAAAAUCGGCCAGCUAACACCUCCCAACAAAGGAUUCCCCUAACCAGGAAGCAGCCAGGCUUUGAAGCUGCAAGGCUAUUCGAUGCUAAUCAAGGUGAUCAAUGGCAACAUUCACACAUGCCUCAAACAGACAAGUUCUUUCUCCCACCCUGGACAUUCCACAGAUAUAUAAACCCCUCUUGCCUAGUUUCCAACCGACUUCAACACCUCUGAGGUUACCUGUCACAGAUGCAGGCGAAACGUCAGGAAAAAAUGUUUAUGGAACAUGGCCAUACAUCCCGGAACACUCACAGCAAUCCAACUCCUAGCCUUCCUAACUGCCUUGAGCCAUGGCAGUUAAAGCGGUGUCCAGCUAAGUUAACUUGACAAUGUAGACGCACCUUUGGACUUAACGGGAAAAGGCGGGCCUUGGGCGUGUGCGGCCACUACGCAGCAGCAUCGGAGCGGAAGAGGAACCGAAAGCACUCCCUGCCCAGCAGCAGAGCGGUUUUGGUAUCGCUGUCCCUUUAAGGAACGCGCUUCAUCCAUUCUCACCCAUGGCCAGCGACUGGAGGCGCAUCGAGACCGCUUUGCGCGGCAGCCUCCGCCUCUUCUUUCGGGACAAAUGGGCCCAGCGCGGAAACCGAAAGGAGGCCUCGGAAGCAGACCAGGAGGAGGGAGGGCAGGAAGCGCAGCAGCCCAGCGCCCUGGAGGCCUUGCCGAUAGAUGUACAGCUAUACAUUAUGUCUUUUCUGACACCCAAAGAUUUGAGUUAUUUGGGAAGUACCAGUUGCUACUGGAGGCUUGCGGUCCAAGAUCCUUUACUGUGGCGACACUUUCUGAUUCGGGAUGUCCCUUCUUGGCCUGCCAUGGACUGGAAGUCACUCCCAGAGGCAAAGAUAUUUGACAGAUCCCUCCCUGCCUUCCAUAAUGAUGCCUCAUAUGACUACAUGGCAGCGUAUAAAAAGUGCUAUUCUUGUUGCAAACAGUCUCUGAGAUCCAGGCAGCCCACAUAUGGAGCCAUGGCUUCCUUUUUUCAGUCAUUGAUUACACAGGCGGAGCCUCGCUUUGCUAUGUUUGGCCCUGGUUUGGAAGACCUGAGUGAAUCUUUGAUGCACAAAAUGAUGGGGACGCCAGAAAUUUUGCCACUGGCUGGUAUUCCUUCAAGACAAAUACAUGGGAUAGGCUCAGGAGUCACAUUUCAUCUGAACAACCAGAAAUUCAACAUUCUGACCUUGUAUUCAAGAAUCAGCAAGGAAAGACGCAGACCGAAAGAAGAGGACAGCACUCCCAUCAACAAAAUAUUUCAUGCGGAGAACAACCCUGAUGGCACAACACAGUACACUCUGAUUGAUCACGUUAAAAAUAUGUGUGGACUCAUUGAUGGAUUCAUCUAUGUUGCAGAUGCUGAGGUGCAUAAAAAACACAAUCGUCCAACUGAAUUUGCUCAAAUUAUGGCAAUGCUUGAUCCAGCCCUUGGACCUUCCAACAGACCUCUCUUGGUUUUGUCCUGCAUUUCUGAUGCUGAGAUGAAAAGGAUCCCAUGUGUUUAUGUAGCACAUCAGCUUCAACUAAACCUGCUUGGUCAACCUUGGCUGAUUCAGGACACUGAAGCUGCCUCCUUAGCUGGACUGUUGGAUGGAAUUCAUUGGCUCCUGAAACAAACUGAACAUAGAAAUACUCAAUAAUCAGACCUUUUUAAGAGUGCCAAUAGACUUUUGUAAACUACUCAAUUUGUAAGCAAAUAUGUUAACAUAAUUUCUGACCAUUUCUUUCUUAGAAGAGACUUGAUAUUAAGAAAGACUGAGGCUGUCAUAAUGCCAGUGGGCAAUUGAAGAGCUCCCAAUGACAAGGUGAAUUAUAAGGCUUGUUGUUUUGUAUGGCUGAAGGAAUGGAUAUUGCUUAGAGGCAUGAGACUUGUGGAAAUAAUUUAAGAUUUAGGUGCCAUAGAUAUCUUUGAUAUAAAAUUAAGUUACAUACUGAAUUCAAAAAUUAUUGUUCUUCUACAAGCGUGAAAUAAGUGUAAACAGAGACAUUUUCUUUAUGGUUAUAUUAGCCACCUUAGUAGCAGCCAAUAAUGAAAGGACCAAGGCAGUGACAUCUCCGGCCUAUCCCCUGUUCGGAUAUCAGCCAACACACCAACACCUUAAAUCAAGAAAUAGUUUUCUAAUAUCUACAGAUAUACUCGAAGGAACACCUCAGCAAGCGAGAGUCCAAAAAUGGCAGGCUAAAACCUGGAACCUCAUGCCAUGGCUGAUACCGAAUAAGAGACCCCCUCCUGGGCACACAGAAGACUGGGUGACUUGGAAGGCGUGAACAGACUGCGUUCUGGCACCAUGAGAUUCAGAUGCAACCUUAAGAAAUGGGGCCACAAAGUGGAGUCCACGACAUGCGAGUGUGGAGAAGAGCAAACCACAGGCCACUUACUACAAUGCAGCCUGAGCCCUGCCAUAUGCACAAUAGAGAACCUUCACUAGAGGCACUUUAAGUGGCCAGCUACUGGUUGAAGGAUAUUUAGUAUAAUGCCAAGUUUUUAAACUUUGUGUUUUUAAAUACAUUACAACGGCACCCUCGGUUCGCUUCUGACAUGAUAAAUAAAUAAAUCACAAGAAGCCUUUUUAAAGGAAAAAAUUGGUUAAAAUAAGAGGUUUUAGCACGUUAUCUGGUCUUUAGUGUAUGUAUCUGCAUGGAAUUAAAACUGAUUCCUGGCAUCUGCCUGCAAAUAUCAUGCAGGCAAAACAGUUUUGAGUCCAAGUAUCAUUAUCCUCUUAUUGAUACUUCCCAUGUAGGAAAGUGAAGUCAUCUUCUUUAUCAUAUGUGGUCAUAUGGCAGCAAACCACUUCCCUUAUAUGUCUAUUGGCAUGUACUCCAUAAUACGUUACACCUUGACAAGUGUUUGUCUGUAUUCCCCCAUGCUUUAUUUCAGGGAUCAGCCAUAUUUAUUUAGACCUGUUAAGACACACAUGUUAGGUUUUACUGCUUAUCCAUGAUGCUUAUGGGAUACUUGGAGAGUGUGGUGAAAUCAGGAUAGGCUGUGCAGGUAGCAUGACAAGCAUUCAGCAUGCAGGUCAAGUUGUUUCCAGGAAAAUCCUUUUUCAGGAAUGCCAAACAGCUAAUGUUGCCUGGGGGUGAUAGCAGCUGGAUGUCAUCAACAUCUGGAUGACCAAGUUUUCUCUUUGUAUGUGCCACAGAUGUGCCAUUGUCCAUUGACUUAAAUUAUAAUCUGUAAAGUGAGAUUGGGAUAGUAGCCAGCAAACCGAUAGUAGAAUACAGAGAAGCAAAUGUUGCUUUAAACUUCCUGACAGUAAGAUCUGUUCAGCAAUGGAAAAUGCUUCCUUAGAGUAUAGUGAACUCUCUAGAAGUUUUAGAACAGGACCUGGACGACUUUCUCUUAGAAGUGCUUUUACUUUGUAUUCCUUUAGAGUUGGUGGGUUGAACUAGAUGACCCCUAUAGUCUCUUCCAGCUCUAUGAUUCUAUAAAUCAUCAUCAUACUUAUCAGCACAAAUUGCAUAGGCGGUAGAGGAAACUCAAGGAUAAGUCAUUUAAUUGCACUAUAAAUUACGACAGAAUGGCUAUCUUAGUGCAGCACAAAGAAAUAUGCUUAUAAUAGGUUUUUUAAAAAUCUCAUUAAAAAGAAUUAGGAGCAAGGAAUCUGACUGACAUCAAGGGAGAAGUUCAUGGAGACUUCCUAGAUCUAGUGUAAUAUAGUGUAGACCAGCCUGGGCCAACUUGGGCCCUGCAGGUGUUUUGGACUUCAACUCCCACCAUUCCUAACAGCCUCAGGCUGUUUCUUGCAGAAUUCACGCAGAAGUUGGCUUACAAUACUGUCGCCUGAAGAAUUGUAAAAAAAAUUCCCAGACCCACAUGGCAUGUACAUAGUUUGUUUGGUUUUUUAAAAAAAAUAAUAAUAACAUAAACCACUGGAGAAGAAUGCUUUCUGGAGCAAACCUUAGAGAAGGUAGAUGCAGUCCAACGGUUCCUGGAGACCUACUUUACCCAUCCAGGUUAGAUAAUAUUAAGGGCAUGGCUAUCUUCAUCUGUAUACUUCUCUGGACUCCGAAGUCUUCAAGUGAAGCCUUUCUUUGAAUUUUCUUACCAAGUGAAGUAUGCUAACUAAGUUUACAGUCAAAGGAGCUUUUUCUAAAAGCAACAUUUUCUUUUUUAAAAAAUAUUGGUUUUCUUCUUAAAUGCUGCAUUUUAUUUUGCUGCAACUUUGCACUACUGCUGUGUCUUAAUGUGUUUUUAGUUGUUGUGACUGCGCCUUCGGGGAUUAUGGUUGAUGGGGAUGGAAUUCGAAGAGGAAGAAAAAACCCUAGUGAUGAGGGUUCACUGGAGGAGUUGCGCAGGAAGCGACUUAGAGAGCUAUAUGGGGGAUCUUCUGAGGAAGAUUCAGAUGGGGAGAUGGAUGCUGAGGAACAGGUGGUGGCUGGGUAAGCGGGCACUGAAUGGGCACAGCCACCGGAGAUGUCUGGGGAUUUGGGGUCUAUGGAUACUUCUGAACCUGGGGUUUCUGCAGGAGCUGAUCCCAAUUGGGAUGCUUGGAGAAGGGAGGAUGGUUCUUUAAGUGUUCAUGGGGCUAAGUGUGGGCAGGAUGAUUGGGACUCCGACGAAUUGCUAGGUACUCCAGAUCCACGAGCUCUAGCUGUGUGGAGCUCAGACUCUGAGUAGAUUUGGGACACCUGGUGUUUGGGUGUGAGUGUUUGGUCACCCAGGAGGAAGGGGAAUAAAAUGGGAAUGUUUGGCCACUGCACCUUGCGUGUGGCAAGGUGUUGCUGAGGCGCCAUUGGGAUCUCUGUGUUUCCAUGAAGACUGGACUUGGACUAUGAUUUGAAUCUGCUGUUAUCACCUAGCUUGGCUCUCGCUGUGUCUUAUCGUGGACCUGUUUUGGAUGACUGCACCCUCUUCAGACCUUGGAUCGGAAUUUGACCUUGCUACUGCCUUCGCCCUGUGAUUGAUGACUACUAUCGGCUUUUGACUCCUGGCUUGCUCUUUGGACACCGCUGUUAUCUCCUGACCUGACCUUGGAAUCCCGGACGACGUCUUUUCACCAUCCUUUUGGAGCCUUCGGCUUUAUCCACAUUGUGGAAGCAGUCUACUGCAUUCUUAGUUUGUUUGUUUGUUUCCUGACCAAUUUGGUGUUUUCUUUUGGGAACUGUUCCUUUGAAAACUACAGAGCCGGCUGGCAGGGCUUGGACUCAGAAAGUGGAGUUUGCACUAAGUUUGUUUAGCUUUGUUUUUACCUGCUUGUGUUGCUGAAUUAUAUUUUUGUUUGAACUGCUCUUGAAGCACUGAUAGUGAAGUGUUUCAAGGUUUUUUUCUGUGUUAACAUUACUUUUUGGCUUAUCUGCUGAAUAAACUCUAUUUUUGUUCGCUAA